AGUGGCACGUCUGUGGGGUAGAAGGAGGAGAGAAGGGCUGGCCAGGAGAGCAGGCGGGGCAGGGAGCUGCAGGGGGGAGCGAGGGCGUGGGGCCAGAGGAGCGGCGCUCCGGGCCGCGCCGAGCCCGGGGCAGUGCGAGCAUGAGCGGCGGGGAUGGUGCUGGGGGCCGGGCGGGCGCCCUCAGCUACGGCCUCCCCUCCAUCCCCUCCAGCAAACUCCCGGACUUGCGUUUUAUCAGCCGGGGCGCUUACGGGAUCGUGUCCACCGCCCGCCACGCCGACUGGAGGGUCCCGGUGGCCCUCAAAUGCCUGCAGGGGCCGCUGCUAGACAGCGAUAGAAACCACCUUCUAAAAGAAGCAGAGAUAUUACACAAAGCCAGGUUUAGUUAUAUUCUGCCAAUUUUGGGAAUCUGCAACGAGCCUGAAUUUCUGGGGAUAGUAACAGAAUACAUGACCAAUGGGUCAUUAAACCAGCUAUUGCAUGGGAAAGAUGAAUAUCCCAACAUUCCUUGGUGCCUGAGAUUCCGCAUUCUUUAUGAAAUUGCUUUGGGAGUAAACUAUUUGCACAACAUGAAUCCUCCAUUGCUGCACCAUGACUUAAAAACCCAGAACAUUUUGUUGGAUGAUGAGUUUCAUGUCAAGAUUGCAGAUUUUGGCAUGUCCAAAUGGCGUGUCAUAUCCAUGUCCCAGUCCCGAAGUGAAUCCUCCUUGCCAGAAGGAGGGACAAUUAUCUACAUGCCACCUGAGGAUUACAACCCCAGUCAGAAAACCCGGGCAAGUGUGAAACAUGAUAUCUACAGCUAUGCCGUUAUCAUAUGGGAAGUGAUGUCAAGGAAACAGCCAUUUGAAGAAGUUAUAAACCCCUUGCAGAUAAUGUACAGCGUAUCACAAGGACAGCGACUAGACUUGAGUGAGGGAAGUCUAUCAAUGGACAUUCCUCAUCGAGGGCUUAUCAUAAGACUGAUGGAAAGUGGAUGGGCACAAAACCCAGAUGAAAGACCAUCAUUCUUAAAAUGUUUAAUAGACCUGGAGCCAGUUCUGCGAACAUUUGAUGAAAUAGCUAUGCUGGAAGCAGUACUUCUCUUAAAGAGGUCAAAGUCACUGUAUGGAUCACAAAGUAUUUACAAGAGUGGAAAGAAAGCGGAUGUGGAGCAGAUACCUCUAAAUAUACCUCUGAAUCCUGAAAAGCCAACAUACUCUAGCUCCAUAGAGUGUGAUGCACUUCCCCUUCGGAGCAUCUCUCCAGAUCCAUCAAAAUUCAAGUCUCUUCCUCAGUACAAUAUCCUCUCAUCAGAUGGAAAUUCUGGAUGUCUACACUCUCUUAGCAGCCAGAGCACAGAUGAAAAUCUGUCUGUAACUCAAAGUGCCAAACUUGUUGUGCAUCCAUACAGUGCUGGUGUCUCAUCUGCCAGGAGUAUUUCAGAUGCCUCGAGUUCUGCAUCCCAUGUGCUGCGGUCAUCGCCGAUUCCUUCAGAUUUUGUAUUGGAAACCAUACAAAAGAAUGUAGCUCAUCAGUGGAUCCAAAGUAAGAGAGAAGAAAUUAUUGAUCAGAUGACUGAAGCAUGUUUGAAUCAAUCACUGGAUGCUCUUCUAGCAAGAUUUUUACUCAUGAAAGAAGAUUAUGAACUUAUAAGCACCAAACCUACAAGGACAUCAAAAGUACGACAAUUGCUUGAUACUUCAGACAGCCAAGGAGAGGAAUUUGCCAGAAUUAUAGUACAGAAGUUGAAAGAUAACAAACAGCUAGGACUUCAGCCUUAUCCAGACAUUGUAUCUAAUUCUCAAAGACUGCAUUUUUAAAUUUAUUCUUUCUUUGUGAAACCUUGUGAAUAUUUCUUACAAUAUGAUUCUUGUUUCUAGAUAGUAUUUUAUUUAUGUGCAGCUUUGUCUUUACUGUGCCUUUGUAGAGUAUCAGAAAUGACCCUGAGUUCUUCUAGCCUGCACUUGGUCAGUGACCAAUUAAUAAUUUGGAGUGCAAUCAUAAAACCAAACACUUGACAGUUGCUGACUGAUUUUGUAAAAGUAUUUUGUUUAUACAUUUUGUUUUAACAUGUAUAAACAAAAAGUAUUUUGUUUAUACAUGUUCUUAUGACAAAGAAAAACAUUAAAGGUUCACAAUUUUACAUAUUUGCUGUUUAUACACAUCCUUUCCUUUCAUCUCACAGGAUUGAGACAUCUGAUCUUAAUGUGGCAUGUUUGUUUUUCUCGUUCCAUCUGCUUUUUCUCACAGAGGAGGGAAGAAAAAUCUAGGUGCUCUUUUCCAGGGCUGUUCUGCUGUGUGUAUAAUAAACUUCCUUCCUUGAGCCAUGCUGGUGUGCAUACAGGAGAGGAGUAGUAGGUGGAAGAAAGUUUAUAUUGCAUUUUUGCAGGAUUUUUUUAUUGUUUUGGUUUGGGUUUUUUUUGUCUCCGUUUUGUUGCCAGAGCAAGUUCCUCAGACCACAGUAUAGGAAGAACUUUAGUCCAAAGAGGAGCCCAGGGGGAAGGAGGAUGUCAUCUUUGUCCUGUUCAGAAGUGAUAUAGGAGAAAGGCUGCAGCUAUAGCAUUUUACAUUGUGUUGUUAUGACCACUUCAGCCAUUCUUGAAAUCAUAGUAGGAUGAGAUCUAGGAAGAACUUACAUAAGGGCAUCCUCUCUUAAUACCUGUGUAACAUUUCCAUGGUCAUCUGCCUUGUCUUUGUCACCUGCCAUCUUACCACCCCUUACCUUUGUCAUCUGCCAUAAAUACUUCUCAUGUCAUGUUGCUAGAUCAAACUUCGAACUCAAUUUUAUUUUUGGUAUUUACAUAAUGAACUACAUAAGUAGCUGGGUCUGUACAGAGAUCAAUCAUGUCCUGCUUUGCCAUGUUGGAAGUAAUGUGCAGUAAUUCUGCUAUCAUCUGCCUUAACCUUCUCCAGAUCACAUCUCUGCUGUCCUUUUUGGUUGAAGGAUGGUGCUAUGUUGAGGCACAAAUGGGGCCACCUGAGAGGAAAAGGUAUGUGGUAUUUUUUUCAGUUCAUUCCACAAGACCUUAGUGACUUUAUCUAGAUGACUUCAAAACUAGUAAAAAAAUUACUUGUUUUAAUUUGUCAGAACACAGCACAGGCAGAUUAUUUUCACAGGCACUAAUAAAUAAUUACAAUUUCUGCUCAGGCUAUCUAAAAUUCAGGAAAAUCCAAACUCCACAAACAAUGGUAAAAUAUACUUAAUUUACCAUAUAAAAAGGAGCAGAUAAAUGAAAAAUCCUAAGUGAUGGCUCUUUCAAAACCUACGGAGAUGUGAGAUCUGCCCCAUUUCAAUUAUUCAAGUUUCAGUGUGGUUAUUACUGGUUGCCAACAGCUUACUUUUUUCAGUAUCUUUAUGAUGUUGUAAACUGAAUCACAAGAAUACAGUGUAUAGUUUAUUGGAUAGGAGAGGAUUAAAAUUGUUUUUAAUAAAGUUUUUGACAUAAACUGGGUAUUUGCCUUUUAUCCUGCUUCCUUCUGGAAGCUGUAAAAUUAAAGUUAGAUAGCUGAAACCAGGACUAUUGUGCAAUGAAUGGCUGUGCUCUACCUAGAGCAGACCUAAUGAUGUUUAGCAGGGAGAAGUCUGAGAAAAGCUGGUGCCAGAACUGUGUUUCUCUGCACAUCACAUUUUUAGCUGCAUUGUUCAUUAUUGUUGGUGCUUAAAAUAAGACUUGUGUCUUGCAAAGUGGCAAAGUAACAUUUCUUUAAUGUAUGUCCAAAAUUCUUCAUGUAUUAGGAACUUUCCUGAGGACCCACUGUAAGACAGCAAUGUGAGGGAAAAGAGCAUCCUGCAGCUUUCAAAAUCUCCCUGCUGACUCCUGCCUGUCAGUACAGAGCUAGUUUUGUUUCCUUCAAUUACAAUUAAAUGUAGCCCUAUGGAGUCACAUUCAGGAAUGGUGCUAUCACACUGCUGCAAUCACUAAGAGCUGCUCCUCUGUGUGCCAUCACUGUGAGGUGGUGGCACAGCUGCAGAAAAAGUAAUUUUCUACCCCCAGCUCUGAAUAUGCCCACUCUGUAAGGCCAUGAGCAUUCCAGCCAAAGCCCAGCCCUCCAAGAAAACCCUGAGGCUAUUCAGUAUAAAAGCUCAGGCCAAUCUCCCUCCUCUUUCCUUGGACCCUGAGCCUCUCUCCAUGGUGGAGUACAAUCAUGGAAUAGUUCUGGUUAGAAGGGACCACUAAGGGUCAGCUUGUCCAGCCCUUCUGCCACGGUCAGGGACAUCUUCAACUGGAUCAGGUGGCUCAGAGCCCUGGCCACUGUGACCUUGAAUGUUUCCAGGGCAUCAGACACUACCACUCUGGGCAACAUCAACCAGCCCUCUCCAACAUGUAAGGCACUCACACAUUUCUUUGAGUGAAAGGGAGGAGGAGGCAGCCACAGUUGAGGCUUGAGAGAUACGGACAAGGGCAUAAGGAGAAUGAUUUGGGGUCAGCAUGGGGGAAGAGAGGUGGAGGUUGUGUGCUUGGCCACACAGAGUGAAGGGUUUAUGGAGGUGACAGAUGUGGGAGUCAGUAUGAGCCACAGUCUGACACUUGUGUUGUUUUACAGUUGUUUUAACAGUAUCUUGUACGUUCCUCAUUUGUUCAUUGCAAUUACUAACAGAUUUUCCUGCUUUUUCACUCCAAGGGGAAAUGCUGCUGAUGUUUCAGGCUGACAGCAAAAGCUUUUCUCUGAGUUGUAACAGCUCACUGAAAGCCUUUCAAAAUGUUCACAUAUAAAUGUCUUUUUGUAGGUACACGGCGAAAAACAGAAACAUAGGACUACACACAUUAUUUAGUGUUUGUUGGCAUUAGAUUUUGUAUGGUGUUUUAGCACCUUGUCACUUAGUAGUGGCUGCUCCUUGUGCUCUGCUCCCAUACCUGAAGUUAACAUGGCUGGAAGAAGUUUGUUGGUCUGCGAGCUACAUUCUCUCCUGCAUCAACUUCAUGGCAAAGUAAAGAUCUGAUUUUAGCAAGAUGACACUUGGCCUUUGUUUGUCAUUCAGAGUCUUGCAGCUAAUGGUAGAGGGUGUUUGGCAGUGUGUUUUCAGUCAGGGUUCAGUGUAAGUGCAUCUGUUCUGGAUGAGGACUGUAGGGGUCUGUGCUGUAGAGGCACAGAGGGCAGAGUUAUUGAACAGGAGGAAGCAGAGGACUUGGCAGUGGCAUCACAGAGCUGUUUGCUGCAGCUGAGCAAUGGUGUGAAUGAAGAGGGCUCUGGAAAUAAUUGAAAUAGCCUUGUUUCCAGUGCAGAGUAUGAAAAGCUUUCCUGAGCAGUAAUAGAAGUGUGGGCAAGAAACCAGAAAAUGCCACAGGUUUAUUCAGGCAAGCAUGCCUUACUUUGCUGUUCAAUCAAGAAAUGUGUGUUUAUGUGUAACUAAGACACACAGAAGAAUUACUGUGAACAAUAAGUUGGUACAGGAGAAGCUUUACUGCAAAAAUUCUUAUCAAGACCUGAAAUACUGUAAAAAUUAGUAAGAAAAACUUCUUACAAAGGCGUUGGCAUUCACUUCUUUACAUUAUCCAUGAUUAAAUGUAAUCUUCCUUGGCAAAGGAACUAGAUUUUGUGUUUACAGAAUAAAUAUUCAGGAAAAAUC